UAGUCUCGUUCCGUCGACCACCGGCCGCUAUCCGAGUGUAUAUAACCAACCGACUAUACCGUGUACUGUAGCACACAUUAUAAACCAGGUUUAUACCUAGACUCGGGCGCUUACCCGGCCGCUUACCAGACCGCGGUGUACCAGGCUCGCAAAACACCCGCGUCGCGGUCACGCCGCUGCCGCUGUCACACAUAUGUCGCCCGCCAUGGCGUUUCUGCUGCUGUCGUCCACGUCGCUGUUAGCGUUCCGYGGUGCGUCCGUCGCCGCCACGUCGACCGACGACUGCGUUAUAGACCUAGCCAUCGUGUGUUUGGAYGACAARUUGCUGGUGUACGUCAAUUGGCUGGAAAAGCGGGACAAACUGAACGUGGUCGGUGACAUCGUGACGAUUGUCAAGAAGAAGGAGGCAGGCCUUGCCGAAGACAGGUCCAAGCUGCAGCAGCACAACAGCAAACCGCAUGUGCAACGGGUGAGCACGUCCCUGGGACCGGCCAUCGACGAGUACUUCGACACGCACACCAUCCGGAUAUCGUUGCCUUGGAUCCUCGACGACGACAUCGAUCUGGAACUCGACCAGCAAGGCCGCGGCAAAAAGACCAAAUUGAAACAUCUCAAGAAAAUGAUGUCAAUGUUGGGCGUAAUCAUGUGCGCCAAACUGUCGCUGAUGGGACCGCUGGCCAUGGUCAUGAUUGGUGCCAAGGCGCUCAAGGCCCUGUUACUGGCCGUCGUAUCACUGACAAUAUCCAAGCUCAUGCUGCUCAAGAAGUUUAAGGGCGGAGGCGGUGGCGGAUACGGGGGUGGAUCYAUAGUCCAGGCUGACUGGUCGUCGGACAAGGACGACCGAAACGCUCAUCUCCUCGCCUACGCUGGACAGACUGCCGCUGCCUCAGCUACAGCUGUCAUGUCACCUUCUUCACAACAGCCACUUCAACAGAUGUACCCUUCGUAUGAACCUCACGGCUAUCAUGGGGCUACCUAAAGACCGUAUCGUCGACACCACGACCACAAUCAUAAUCAACCCCCUACCUAUACCAAUACCAUCACCAGCACUACUCACUCAUCAACGACAUCCCCUCACCACAACUUCCGGCUACCGAAUAUGAAACAUUUAUAUUAUAUAUAUUUAACACAUUCGUGGAUAUCCGCCCGGAAGUGGGUGGGUGUGGGUGGACGUCAUCCGAACGCGCGUGUCCGUCAAACUAGUCACCACUUUACCCCUUCGGUUUUCACAAAAUAACUUUCAUCUCCACCUCUACAUCAUACUACAUCAACCGUUAUAGUUUAGCUAUAAGCUUCAUAUGUAUCAUUUGCCAUCCCCGAAGUCACUAAACACCAACCAUCACCCCCUAAAAUUAUUAUAAUGUCUUGGAACGUUUCUGCUACAGGUAAUUUUAUAAUUUUUCGG